AUGGAAAACCGAGUCACCAAUGAGGUUUUAUGUCAGAUGUGCCAAGGAGAAGUCCAGACUGGCAGCGCUGUUGCCGACCUCUGCAUCUCAAAUUUAGGCCAGCUGGACGGUCGAUGCUGCAAACGAAGAGACAACGCUAGUGACGUCGUCGAUAUUAUUGGAUUAGAUUUAUCCAACUGUUCUCUGAGACAUCUUGAAGACCUUCAUGAUGCGUCGAUGGCAAUAUUGAUAGAUAUUUCCCUGAACCCUCUCUCUAAUCUGAGUGACUCAGUAUUUCUUGGAUUUUACAAUUUGGCCAAUCUAACACUCCCCUCAAACCUGCAAUGUCCAGGGAGCGAUGAUGCAUGGGAGAAGGUAGAGGUCAAAGGUGACCUUCGAUUUUGUGAAGGACAGAAAAGUGCCUGCAAUCAAACAGGACAAAUGUCAUGGGAUUGCCCUGAAAACUCCCUCUGCACACCUUAUGGCCCAGGUUUCUUUGAGUGUAAUUGCGUGGACAAUUUCCAUGGAUACAAAUGCUUAAGAGAGGGCCAGUUUCCCACACUAAAGGUAUUUGGGAUACUGGGUGGAUCAACAGUGUUUGUUUCAGCCCUGUUAUGGGUCACUCAGAGGCGAAAGGUCAAAGCUAUCUGAGCGCUGAUUUCCUGAGGGCACCGGAGGAUCACUCCAAAGUGUUGAAGGACUGUUUUAAUCCUGAAUUCUCAUUUGGAAUACAAACCUUUUGGGUCUUGACGUGCUGGACAUUGCACUACAGAGGCUUUGUUGUCUUUCUGGGAAGGCUGAAGGACACUUUGAUGAGGACACUUUGAAAAGAAAUUGAUGUGUGUAGAAGAUGCAUCACCGACGCAAAAGCUGUU